AGCGCCUUGAGGCGCGGCGUCGUGCAUGCCGGGAGUCGUAGUUCUCCGGUGUGGGAGUUUCCUCAGUGGCCUGUGACGCCACACAGGGCGUCGAGGAGGAGACUGGCGGCGGGGUCGUGGAGAAGGCCGAGCUGAGGCGGGUGUGUUUACUCGACGCCAGGCGCUCCCAGCGGGCUGGAGAAGGGGGAGCGCGGAGAUGGCCGCCUGUAACACCUGCGCAGCGGCCGCGCGGCUCCUCAGCUCCUCGCUGCCGUCGGCGCGGAGAGGUAUUACAUGUGGCCGUUCUUGCGUUCCUGUUUUAGGAGUAAUUGGGACUUUUGAAGCUCGGUCGCUAAGAACAAUUCCCUUGAGAACUUUUUCAGAAUCUCCGGCAUACUUUGCUUCAAAAGAUGGUGCAAGCAAAGACGGUUCAGGAGAUGGCAGUAAGAAAACUGUUGGUGAAGGCAACAACAAAAAGUCGAGUUCUGGAAGCUCUGGCAAAGGCGGAAACCAGCUACGUUGCCCAAAGUGUGGUGACUUAUGCACACACGUGGAGACUUUUGUCUCUUCCACCCGCUUUGUGAAAUGUGAAAAAUGCCACCACUUCUUCGUUGUGUUGUCAGAAGCUGAUUCCAAGAAGAGCAUCAUUAAAGAACCAGAGUCGGCAGCAGAAGCUGUGAAGUUGGCCUUCCAACAGAAGCCUCCACCUCCACCAAAAAAGAUUUAUAACUACCUCGACAAAUAUGUUGUUGGCCAGUGUUUUGCCAAGAAGGUGCUGUCGGUUGCUGUGUACAAUCACUAUAAGAGAAUCUACAACAAUAUCCCUGCCAACCUGAGACAACAAGCUGAAGUUGAAAAGCAAACUUCCUUAACACCAAGAGAAUUAGAAAUCAGAAGACGGGAGGAUGAGUACAGAUUUACAAAACUUCUCCAGAUUGCUGGUAUUAGCCCCCACGGCAAUGCUUUGGGAGCCUCAAUGCAACAGCAGGUGAACCACCAGAUUCCCCAGGAGAAGCGAGGAGGUGAAGUGUUAGAUUCAGUCCAUGAUGACAUCAAGCUUGAAAAAAGUAAUAUUCUGCUGCUUGGACCAACUGGCUCAGGUAAAACUCUCCUGGCUCAGACUCUGGCUAAAUGCCUGGAUGUCCCUUUUGCAAUCUGUGAUUGUACCACUUUGACUCAAGCUGGCUACGUGGGGGAAGAUAUUGAGUCUGUUAUUGCAAAACUACUGCAGGACGCAAACUACAAUGUAGAAAAAGCUCAACAAGGAAUUGUUUUCUUGGAUGAAGUGGAUAAGAUUGGCAGUGUGCCAGGCAUUCAUCAGUUACGUGAUGUGGGAGGAGAAGGAGUUCAGCAAGGCUUGUUAAAGUUACUGGAAGGUACAAUUGUGAAUGUUCCAGAGAAGAACUCCCGUAAGUUACGUGGUGAAACUGUGCAGGUUGAUACAACCAACGUCCUCUUUGUAGCCUCUGGUGCUUUUAACGGUCUUGAUAGAAUCAUCAGCCGAAGGAAAAAUGAAAAGUAUCUUGGCUUUGGAACUCCAUCAAAUCUGGGGAAAGGCAGAAGAGCUGCUGCAGCCGCAGACCUGGCUAAUCUCGGUGGAGAGUCCAGCACUCAGCAGGAUAUGGAAGAAAAAGAUCGUUUGCUUCGGCACGUGGAAGCACGAGACCUGAUUGAAUUUGGCAUGAUCCCCGAGUUUGUGGGGCGCUUACCCGUGGUUGUUCCCCUGCACAGCCUUGAUGAGAAAACCCUUGUACGGAUUCUUACUGAGCCUCGGAAUGCUGUGAUUCCCCAAUACCAGGCAUUAUUUAGCAUGGACAAGUGUGAAUUGAAUGUUACUGAGGAUGCCUUAAAGGCUAUAGCCAGAUUGGCCUUAGACCGCAAGACUGGUGCUAGAGGCCUUCGAUCUAUAAUGGAAAAGUUAUUGUUGGAACCGAUGUUUGAAGUACCCAAUUCUGACAUUGUAUGUGUGGAGGUUGACAAAGAUGUUGUGGAAGGAAAAAAGGACCCAGGAUACGUCAGGGCUCCAACUAAAGAUGCUUCUGAAGAAGAAUAUGAUUCAGGAGUAGAAGAAGAAAACUGGGCUCGCCAGGCAGAUGCUGCAAACAAUUAAAUACUGUCAGAAUGUUCUGCAGAAAAUGCA